UUUAGGCUAACCGUUGUUUGCACUGAGACUCAAAGCCUAAAGCCUAAAGUUAACUAACUUCCAUACUUAGAUCUAACAGUAACAAGGCCUAGAUCUACCAGCUAGAGUCUAGAUCUAUCUUCUUGAUCUAAAGAAUUUUAGAUUUUACAUCUUAAUAGUUAAUACCAAUACCAUUAUUAGUCAUGGCUAUGCAAGAACUUGAAAAACUAGUAGAUCUAAAAUCUACUACAAGGGAUGAAAAAGUUUAUAAAGAAGAAUGUAUCUUCUCUUUUGAUAAUCCCGAAAGUCAAGAUGGUCUUUUCAUUUGUAUGAAUUCAUUCUUAGGGAUGGGAAAAAGAUUUGUGCAACAUUACUUUGAGAAAACAGGGAAUAGAGUUUUCUUACAUAUCAAAAGAUUCAGAAAAGAGAUUCUUAAAGAUCAGUGUUGCACUGCUGAGAAACCAACAAAACUAGCUAUUGGAGUUGAAGGUGGUUUUUUAACAGAUGAGAAACGUAUUGAAUUUGAAGAUAAAACAUCAAUUGUGCUUUUACCUCAUUGGCUUGAGGUUCCUUUUCCAAAUGAAAAGAUUCCAGGAAAGGUUCAAGCAUUGGCUAGUAUGAUAUUAAUGUCUGAAGAUGCAUCAAAGAAGGAAGAGGUGGCUGCAAUGGCAGGAACUUGGGAAGGGGAAAAGUUGAAAGUUUCAAAAUAUGCAGAGCAUCUCCUUCAGUUAGACAUUGGAAAAAAGAUACCACCUUCAGGUUGGAAAUGUGAGAAGUGUGAACUGACUACUAAUCUGUGGAUGAAUCUUACAGAUGGCUCUAUUCUAUGUGGACGUAGAUUUUUUGAUGGAUCAGGUGGAAACAAUCAUGCAGUUGAUCAUUAUAAAGAAUUGAAUUACCCAUUAGCUGUUAAGCUUGGUACAAUCACUGCAAAUAGUGGUGAUGUUUAUUCAUACCCUGAGGAUGAUUUGGUUGAAGACCCAUACUUAUCUAAGCAUUUGGCUCACUUUGGUAUCAACAUAUCAGCUUUAGAAAAGACAGAUAAAACCAUGACAGAAUUAGAAAUAGAUAUCAACCAAAAGAUCGGAGAAUGGGAUGUUAUUCAAGAAUCAAGUAGCAAUUUGAAACCCCUUAAUGGACCAGGCUAUACUGGCAUGCAUAACCUUGGAAACAGUUGUUAUUUAAAUUCAGUGAUGCAGGUGCUAUUUAGCAUUCAUGAUUUUCAGAAAAGAUACUAUAAUGCCUGUGAUCAAAUAGUACUUAAGUGUCCAGAGAAUCCUGCAACAGAUUUUAACACCCAAAUGUCUAAGUUAGCCUUUGGAAUAUUAUCUGGAGAAUAUUCAAAAAAGAUAGAUUUAAUGGAGGAAAGACAGCAGCUUCCAGAGUCACAAAGAUAUAUUCUGCCACCACUUGGUAUUAAACCACAGAUGUUUAAAAGUUUGGUUGGUAAAGGACAUCCAGAAUUUUCCACUAAAAAGCAGCAAGAUGCCCAGGAAUACUUUCUUCAUAUCAUUUCAAUGAUUGAGAAAAACAGCAGAGGAAAUGAUAAUCCUUGCGACUGCUUUCGGUUUCAAGUGGAAGAAAGGAUAAUGUGCUCUUCAUCCAAAAAAGUUCGUUACUCCAAGCGAGAAGAUUAUUGCUUGUCAUUACCUGUUCCUUUGGAAGCAGCAAUUAAUAAAGAUGAAGUACGUGCCUACAAUGAGUUGAAAACAAAUGAGAAAACAUCAUCAGCUGACUUGAAGAAUAUUGUACGCCCAAUAAUUCCUCUGUCUGAAUGUCUGGCAGCUUUUCAAGAUGUAGAACCAGUUGAAGAAUUCUACAGUUCUGCAAUAAAUGGAAAGACUACAGCUUUAAAAACCACAAGAUUAUCCUCAUUUCCAGACUAUCUAAUGGUACAAAUUAAAAAAUUUACUAUUGGAGAUGAUUGGGUUCCCCGAAAAUUAGACAUAUCCUUGCAAGUUCCUGAUGAAAUUGACUUGAACACAUUGAGAGGCCAUGGUUUACAAUAUGGAGAAGAAGAGCUGCCAGUUGGAGAUUCUCCCCCAGAACCUCCUAUGGAAAUCUGUGAAGUGACAGUUGGCCAAUUAGUUGAUAUGGGCUUCCCAAAAGAAGCCUGCACUAAAGCAGUUUUCCACACAAAAAACCAAGGUGUUGAAGUGGCUAUGAAUUGGAUCAUGGAGCAUAUUGAUGACCCUGAUUUUGCAACCCCUUUAAAAACUGGCAAUAAUAACAUUUUGCAAGAAGGAAAACCUUUUGAACCCAAUCAAGUGGGUGUGGAACUUUUAAUGUCAAUGGGUUUUUCUAUGGAGCAAGCAACUCGAGCAUUAAAAUUUACUGACAACAAUCCAGAAAGAGCAGUUGAUUGGAUAUUUAGUCAUGCAGAUGAUCUUAAUCAACCUAUGGAAACUGAUGACUCUCCUGGAGGUCAAACUCAGUUGUCAAAAUUUAGAGAUGGUCCAGAAAAAUACAAGCUAAUAGCAUUUAUCAGCCAUAUGGGUACUUCAACAAGUGUUGGACAUUAUGUAUGUCACAUUAAAAAAGAUGGGCAAUGGGUUAUUUUUAAUGAUGAGAAAGUUGCCAUAUCAGAACAUCCCCCUAAAGACCUUGCUUACUUGUACCUGUUUCAAAGAAUGGUUCAGUAAAAAGAUAAAGCUCAUAAAAACAUGUAGAGGUUUGUGGUAGUAAACAGUCUUAACUAAUAUUUUUUUAUGUCGCUAGUUUUUUAAAAUUGUUUUUUUUUUAAUUCUAAUUUCA